GAGCUGGGCUCGGGUUUUCACUGUCCAAAAGGGACAGGACUGAGCCCAGAUGGUCAGGGAACAACUCCCCACUCUCAGUCUGUGUACAGGUGACCCCAGCACAUGCCCACCUGUCAUGACAUGAUGCUGCCAUAUGUGGUGAGACCGUUUUCUCUCAUUUUGGAAUCACACCUGCUUCCCCCGGAGAGGCUGGACAGCAUUGGACAUUAAUUCCCGCAAAACACUGUUUCAGCUCCAGGAAAGUGAAACAGCAGUGAUUCAAAUUAAACUGUUUUUCCCAAUGUUGAAAGAGCACAGCAGAUAAUACGUAAGUCAUCCACGUGCCAGAUAUGGAUAUUCACAGUUUAACUUUAACAAACUCUAAAGUUGAGAAUUUCUGUUGAUUUCUUCAGCAAAUAUUUGACAAAAACUCAUUUAAAUGUCUGUAAUUUAAAUGAGGACCUACAAAGUUAUAUAACAAUGUGUUUGGCUGGGAUACCUUGUUUCCUUAUUUUAAUAGGAAAGAAAGAGGGAAAACAAGCUGCAGUAAUAUUUUUCCCUCCUGUCGCUGUAGGACCUGACUGAGAGCAGAAUUAAACACAUAGAUGAAAAGCUCCUUAUGCUCAGAGAAAUGAUUACUAAGGAGCUUUAUCCAGGAAUUUAGUGUGUGAAGUUAAUUGAUUUAUGUUGAAAUAUUAUUUUCAGAUCCGGCUAAUCCCCACAGUUCUACUUCUGUUUGGAAUCCACUUUAGGACAAACUGUCCUCCUAGGAGGGUUAGCAGAUGGGAGAGAAAUUUCCCAUUUUCAUCUGUUAUGUUAGACUGGGGGCUUUCUCCGAGGUGGUUCUCGCAGAGGAGAAGAGGACUCAGAGGCUAGUGGCCAUCAAGUGCAUCCCUAAGAAAGCCCUGGAAGGAAAAGAGAACAACAUUGAAAACGAGAUCGCUGUUCUGCACAGAAUCAAGCACCCAAACAUUGUUUCACUGGAGGACAUCUUUGAGAGUAUGUCUCAUCUAUAUCUUGUCAUGCAACUAGUUUCUGGUGGGGAACUUUUCGACCGGAUUGUGGAGAAAGGGUUCUACACGGAGAGGGAUGCCAGCCAGCUCAUCCACCAGAUCUUGGAUGCUGUAAAAUAUCUCCAUGAUAUGGGAAUCGUCCACAGAGAUUUGAAGCCAGAGAAUUUACUGUACUACAGUAUGGACGAGGACUCCAAGAUCAUGAUCAGUGACUUUGGUCUGUCGAAGAUCGAGGGAGCGGGCAGUGUCAUGUCCACGGCGUGUGGUACUCCUGGUUAUGUGGCCCCCGAAGUCCUCGCUCAGAAACCAUACAGUAAAGCUGUGGAUUGUUGGUCCAUAGGAGUUAUUUCUUACAUUUUACUCUGUGGAUAUCCUCCGUUUUACGACGAAAAUGAUGCCAAGUUAUUUGAGCAGAUUCUGAAAGCAGAGUAUGAAUUCGACUCUCCAUACUGGGAUGACAUCUCAGAUUCAGCCAAAGACUUCAUCUGUCAUAUGAUGGAAAAGGACCCCAUGAAGAGGUAUACUUGUGAGCAGGCUCUCCAACAUCCUUGGAUAUGUGGUGACACAGCUCUGGACAAGAAUAUACAUGAAUCUGUCAGUGCUCAAAUCAAGAAGAACUUUGCCAAAAGUAAAUGGAAGCAAGCAUUCAAUGCCACGGCGGUGGUGCGACACAUGCGGAGGCUGCAGCUGGGCACCAGUCUCGAGGGACCGAGUCAGAUUACUCCCACCAGUCCCUGCCAUGGACAUCUGCUCCCAGAGGAGGAGGUGGAGGAAGAAGAGGAUGAACUGGGGAAUGAGGAGGAGGAGAGCUUGUCGCACUACGAGGAUGGUCGUCGUGGAAGUAACGAGGGUAGCACAGAUCGGGACAGCCUGAGAAGCUGCACCUACUGCUGCAGGCCAACCAGUCGCAUCUGAGCAAAGCCUCCUAGUGUCAUGAUGAUUAAGUGUCUUUGGAGCACCCAGAACCCGCCCACCCAGUCUGGCCAGUAAGGCAGAGUAGAUAUUAGUCAAUGUCCACCAGAGCACAUACCCAGACAACAGUACUCCUCUACUUUCUUUUUUUUUUAAAGAACCAAGAAUAUAUAU